GGAAAAGAAAACAACAAUGGGCAAACGUUACUACUGUGAUUUCUGUGACAGAUCAUUUGCAGAUACAGGUGUUAAUAGAAAAAAUCAUUUCAAAGGCGUCCAACACCAACGUUUAAAAAAGCAGCAUUAUGAUGCAUUUCGUGAUCCAGCUUCAAUACUUGCAGAAGAAAGCACUAAAAUUCCCUGUGCACGAUUUCAGACAGGAAGUUGUGACUUUGGUGACAGUUGCAAGUUUUCCCACAUGACACCAGAGAGACUACAUCAUCUUCAAGAACUUGUUUCAAAGCAAAGACAGAGGUCAGAAAAAGACAUGAACUUCAAUAAGGACCUAAAAGAGCCCACAUUGGAAGAAUGGUUGGAGAAAAGAAGCAAGCGUCUCCGUAAGACUGAAAAUAAUGAGGAAGAAACUGACGAAUUACAUUAUGAAUUACCCCCCUUUUUAAACAUUCCAAAUUUACCUCCAUCAUUAUUGCCACCUUCUGCUGAAGAGCUUAGAAACACAGCAAAGUGUGAAUGGGGCUGAAAGGAAAAUGUUUGGAGAUUUGAUUGAAAAUUAUACUUCACGUAUUGACUGUGGUAACUGCCUUUGUGGUUUGUGAUACAACUUAUAUGAAAGACCUCUCAGCUUGCAGGCUGUAUAAUUAUUACAAACUAUUCCUAAAGACUUGGAUUGUCCUGCAACGUGGACAUUCUAAAAAAUCUCAAGCACUAUUGGAUGUGGUUUAUUAUAUGUCUCAGAAACAGUUGCAUUCCUUGCAAACUUGCAUUUCAAUGACUUUUAUACUAGUUCAUUCAGUUAUUACUAAAUCAUAUUUGAACAGUUACAACCAUCGAAACUUUAUACACCUUGUGAAGCGCUGUUUUGAUAAAGAGUAAAAUGUUUAAAAAUGUGUGUGUUUAUUGCAAAUAUGAAUUAAUGAAUUAGCCAAUUAUGUUCAAUUUAUUGUUGUUGAUUAAACAAUGAACAAUUAAUCUAUUUGAGGUGCCUAGGAAUUAUAGUAGUGGGGCAUUAGAGCAUUUACGGGUUGUUUAUUGUCUGAUAAAUUUCCCUGUAUUAUUUUUAAUAUAAUAUUCCAUAUGUCCAUUGUUUAUAACUUCCCAUUUUUCCUACAUUGCCUGUUUCAUGGAGAAGAAUUUAACCAAGUUUGGAAUAACAUUUUUAAGUCGUGUUUUUGCGUUUAUACCUGGGCCUACCUUUGUAUUACAGGUAAUGAUAUUUAUCUACAAAACAUAGUACAGUAUAAAAUUAACUCUAUCAGACUAAGAUGUCGCAUGUGUGUUGAAUGGUGAGGAUACUUGAUUUGUCGACAAUUCGACUCAAAUGGCAUCUCAACCGCUUGUCAGAUUUUCUUUAUUUUUACAUGUUUGUUGUUUGUGAUACUAAUGUGAAAGUUGAACGGAGUGAUACAUCAUCCUUCUUAACAUU